UCUGCUAGCAGGUAACGCUCUCUCUUGGUUUCAGCCUCAGACAAGGAUGCCAAGAACACAGAAGAAAACUUUGCUCAAGUUUUGGGAAUUCUUGUGUGCCAGUGAUGACAGUGGAAAUGCCUGAGUCAAAGUGAGCAGGUGCAGCAGGAACAGAACACAGGAUUAUGCUGGCUGCAAUGAUUAAAACAGCACUGGUCUUCUUUUUGGUGCAAAGCACUGGAAACUUGGUGCUCGGUGCAGCGUGUUGGGAUGAACGCCUUUCAGGAGUGGGAAGAAACAGCAGCUGCAAGCCCUCUCAGCCUUUCCUCCUGUUUGGUCAUGGUAAAUCAAUCCAUCGGAUGAGCCUGGGUGGGAAGAACCACAGACGGCUUGCUGCUGGAACAGGAAGCUCCAUCCUUCUCGACUUUCAUUUCAGAGAAGAGAGGCUUUACUGGGCCGACAGGCGCACCGGCAUCAUCUACAAAGCAUCGGUGCAAGGAGCACACAGACAGAAACUGUAUUCAUCUGACAAACACAUCUCCGGGCUCACAGUGGACUGGAUUGGGAACGGGAUAUUCUGGACGAGCAGCAGAAAGGGUCAAAUCAAGAAAAUGGACUUAAAUGGAAAAAAUGAGAGGACAAUUUUAAGACAUUUGUCUCAACCAAGCUUUAUAAAUGUUGAUCCCACUCACAGGUUUUUGUUUUGGCUGUCUGGUGGAUCAGAAAUCCAGCGAUCUGAUCUCUCAGGUCAAAUGAAAAUGACUGUUUUAAAGCUGGAGGAGCAACUUGAGGCUCUGUCAGUUGAUCGAGGAGACAAACGGUUGUUCUGGGUUCAGCUUGGUCUCCAAGGAGAGCGAGCCGUUGCUUCCUGUGAUUACAGUGGGAAUUCACUGCACAUCAUGGACCUGCCACUUCAGUCUCAGUCACUUGGAAUAUCUGUUUUUCUGGAGAACGUUUAUUACGCUGAUGCUGCAGCCGGCAUUAUAAGAAAAAUAAACAAAUACACUGGAGGACGACCGGUGGAUGUUAAUGAUAAACCGAUGGUCAAACCUCCAGUGGACAUAAAGGUGGUCCAUCCAAUCAUCCAGCCAAUGGCAGAUACUUCCUCACUAUUUCCAGGCUGCAAUGACCAAAGUGGAAGCUGUGUGAAUGUGUGUUCCCGUUUAGAGGAGCAAGGGGUUUGCCAGUGCUCUGAAGGCUUUGCUCUCAGUAACCAUGGGACUCACUGUGAAGAUGUGAAUGAAUGUGCCCACUGGAACCACGGCUGCUCUCUUGGCUGUGAAAACAUCCCAGGCUCAUAUUUCUGCACCUGCCCCAGAGGAUACACCCUCCUGCCAGACCGGAAGACAUGUCGAGAAAUAACACCAUGUGGCGGCAUCAUAAAGUGUGGACAUGGUUGCAUAGCAACAGAAGAUGGGGCCAUGUGUGUUUGUCCUGAGGGAUCUGUUCUACAGGAGGAUGGACACACUUGCACCGGUUGCUCUUCAGCAGACAGAGGUGGCUGCAGUCAGCUCUGUUCCUCCAUCACCCCGAGUCGCUGGCAGUGCGGAUGUCUUCCUGGGUACAGGCUCCACCAAGAUGGCAAACGCUGCAUUGCAACUGGACCUCCUGCCUUUCUAAUUGUGGCCAAUCUGAUGGAUGUGAGAAGAAUGAACCCAGAUGGGACAGAGGAACAAACUCUAGUGAAGGAACCCAGAGGAACAAUCUUAGCUCUGGACUUUGACCCCGUCCAUCACCGUGUCUACUUCGCCAGCACCAGCCAGAGGACAAUAGAGCGGAUUGAUCUGAACACUGGCUCAAGAGACGUUCUUGUCUCUGAUGGUUUGGACUCUCCAGAAGGACUGGCAAUCGACUGGGUUCACCACACUAUGUACUGGUCUGAUAGAAGAAAGUCAGCUGUUGACUGCAGUACAUUAGAUGGACUGAAGAGGAAAACUGUUGUGAAAGAAGGCCUGGAAAAGCCAAGAGGAAUUGCGGUUCAUCCCCAGGCGAAGAAGUUAUUCUGGACAGACACCGGCGCUCAGCCUGUGGUAGAAAGUGCCACUCUGGAGGGAAGCAGUCGUGUGAUCAUUGCCAGCACCGGCCUCAUGUCUCCCACUGGUCUGACCAUCGACUUCACUGAUGAUCGACUCUUCUGGUGCGACCAGAUGAGGGGCCUGAUAGAAACAGCAGCUUUGGAUGGUUCUGAUCGACGGGUCCUAAUAGAGAACCAAGUAGGACGUCCCUUUGACCUCGCAGUAUUUGAGGACAGGCUGUGGAUAUCUGAGUGGGAGCACCAACAGAUAAGGAGCGUCCACAAGCGCACAGGGCAGAAGCUGCAGCGUAUCCGUGGCAACUUGGUUCAGCCAGGAUCAGUGGUGGUGGUGCAUCCCCUCGCUAAGCCAGGAGGAAAUGCUUGUCUUCACCUGAAUGGAGGUUGUGCUCAGAAGUGUGAAAGCAACCAGGGACUUUCACAUUGCUCCUGUUUGCCUCACUUCACCCUGUCAGCUGAUGGAAAAAGCUGUUUGUCUGUCAGUUCUUCAAAUGUUACUGCAGAAUCUGGCGAUGAAACCUCCAACUUAACAUCUCUGAGAAACAAAACAUUACAUGAGGAGAGCAUCAUCCCACUGGUGGGUGAUAAUAGGAAGGCUGGUUUCAUCUCAGAUGGAGGGACUGAACCAGCUCUGUUCACAGAAAAGAUGAUUGCAGACCAGAAUGACUGUUACUCGCUCCACUGUGCUGUGAGUGCCAGGUGUGUGCUGGAGGCUGGGAACCCUCUCUGUUUGUGUCAGGAAGGCUUUACAGGUGAUGGACAGACAUGUCUGGCACUGGAGAGCACUUCUCCGAAGGUAACAUCUCAAACCCCCAUGGAUGUGACCACCCGGCACCACAACAGCAACGCAGCAGAGAAGUGCCCCCCCAGCCAUGACGCCUACUGUUUGUACCACGGAGUCUGUGUCUACUUUCCUGAGCUAAAGAUCUAUGCCUGCAACUGUAUCCGAGGCUACUUAGGGGAAAGAUGUCAGUUCAGUGACCUGGAAUGGCUGGAGCUCCAACAGGCUGAGAAGGAGAAGGAGAGAAAUCUGGUCAUUGGAGGUUGCAUGAUGGCGCUCAUUUUCAUCAUUUCCAUCACAGCCUGUAUCACCUACUGUUUCCGAUCUAGGAGACUCGACCUCAAACAGACCUCAGAGGAUAAUGUGAGUGAGAUCAGCGUGACUGAUGAGAGCAUGUCUGAGACGACCACCACCAGCGUUCCUCGUUUCUAUAUGGUAACAGAAAAUGGUGUCAACAAGAAGGCCAUCCAUCCAGAUCCAAGGAGAGCUGCCUGCUCACCAUGUGCUACAGAAACAGCCAUCAAACCUAUGUCUGAACAGCCGGCAUCAAUCUUCAAACAUGACAAAGAAUAUGGGAAUUUAAAGCUUCCAGAUGCCACCACAGAGACCGCCCAGCCUGCUGCCCAUCGCUUGAGUCCUUCACCAUCAAACUCAAACACAGACAAUUCUUCAUCUGUCAAACCAGAAACACAAUAAUACUCCCAGGCCACAGUCCCCUCCGUCCUAGCUCAAAGGACCCAAAGCAAAGCUGGACCGCUCUGUAACAUGUUUCUGUAUAUGCAAAACUGUAUUUAAUUAACUGCUACCAUGAUAAAAACCAGAGCUCUCAUAAAAAGUAAAACUAAGAGUACCAAUGUUGGUAUUAUUCCAAUGCUUUGCACAUUGGAGGAAAAACUAACCCUAACCUUAGGGUUAAACUUAGUCUAAUCAUGGUACACACCAGUCAGACUUCCUGGUCUGGUUUGUAUACAAUGGAAAAUCACAAAAAACUAAGAAAUGACCAUUGAAGAGAGAAUUCAAGAAGUUUUUGUUUAGCUCAUUUAACAAAAGAAGCAGCUGAGACAGAUACACAACAUUUAGUUGCCAUGGAUACCGGUUUGCUGAAAUACAUCUGUUACGUGGGACUAACGAGGAAACGAAUGAGAUUUUAUCAAACAUCUUUCGACUUUAAUGCAUUUCCCUUCUGAAUACUGCAUGUGUUUUGGAAUCAAGGGUGUGUAAUUCAGUGUCAUGGUGAACCAAGAUGGCAUAGUUUCUGUUGCCAUGACGCCAAGAUCUUAGUUUAAAAGAUCUACUGAACAUCUGGGCAUUGCUUUUCAGUGCUUGGUGGGUGCAUCCAAAUGGUCAGAUAAUUACUAACCUAAUUUAUUAGUCUCUAGGUCAUGCUACCAGGUUCACUUUCAGUUUCAAGCAUAGAGCAUACAGAGGAGACUAAAGUGUCCAGAACGCAUCACUUAUACAUUAGUAAUGCAUUACUGGGUCACUGAUGUGAUAUCUGAGUCUGAGCUGAAUCAUUUUCCUAGAAAAGGCAGAUACGUUCUAGUUUGGGAUAUUACAUGCAAAAUUCUUAGUGUAAAAUAAUUAUGGAAAACCUUAUUGACAGUAAUAUACUUUAUGCUUCACAACUGCCUACAUCUUUAAACUGGGAAUAAAUCAAUCAUGUGGGAAUAAUGACAAUUUUUUUUAUUUUAUAGGUCAUUUUCUAAUUUUUGCCAUUUCAGAUCAUGACAGAUGUGCUACAUGUAUAAUUUCCAUUCAAAAGUAGAAGUAUGAAGGUAUACUCUAUGAAGUCUAUUAUUCCAUCAGAACCAGGAAGACGGGAUUUUAUCCUGAUUAAAUCUCCAUUCCAUGUGGUUUGUUAUCAGUUCACACAACAAAUAUGAUCUUUUUUGAAUGUCUGGCAUAGAUUUAUGUGGUUAUGUUAAACUUCAGAUUUCCUCAAGUCAGUAACUUGACUCUUGUUAGCUUAAUGUUCAUUAGCAUUUGCAAAACAAGAAUAACAUAGUUUGGUUUUGUCCAAUUUUUUUCUUAUUUUUCGAUAUUAAAUUAUCGAAAUUAUAUUAAAAGUUAGAAAAUUACAAAAUAAAAAUGAUCACUAACACAAAUGGCUUCGUUGCUGAGUAAAGUUUAAGAUCUGAGAGGUUUCUCUUUUGAACACUUUUCAUUCAGACCCUGGUGGUUAAAAAAUUGGCUGAACUUCUUACAAUUAAAUCCUAAAAAUACAAAAUCUGUUUACUAUUUGAAUUCACUUAAAAUGGUUUCACCAUUUUGUUUAACUUUAAACAAGUUAAAGUCAACGCAGCCAGCUAUCUACGACUGAGGCACUUGUAGGACUUUGCCACAAUUAACAAUUAUGCCUGUAUAUAACUAAAUACAAAUAACAUUAAAUCUAUUAGGGAAUUAUAAGGUUUAUUUUUAUAAAUGCCUCGAUGGACGGUCAGUUCUACUGAGAUUUAUGUUUUGAAAACUUCAGAUUUUUCAACAGUUUGGUUAGAAAAAAGAAGCUUGUUGCUUCUUGUUUCCAUCCAACUAGAAUAUUAAAACUUUUUAACAAAAAGAGGUCAAAUAAAUGUAAAAUGAUCAAUUGUAUGUACAUUGUGCUCAAUGACUACUGAAUGUUUUACUUUAGACAUCAAUAAACUCCAUAUUUCUAUUUUAUCAAUAA